CUGCAACAUCCGACUUCGGAUGACCCGUCCAGUGUUGGGGAAAGCACGUAUCCCCCGAACCGGCACAUUCUUCUGGAAGGGGCGAUGUCGACUCAUCAAUGACUAUCCCGUCUCCGUAGCAAGAGUAACCAUAGCAGGUAGGGCACCGGAGUCAAACGAACACUCUUGCAAUCGACUUGGUCUCUGAUGCGGCGUACGCGAAGCAUUACUAUCAGCAGCUUGAUUGAAUUGAGAUCCUAAGAAGUUUUUUGAAGAAUCUGUUUGAUUUAAAUCAAGCAGCAUUUGAACAAGAGUUGGCAGAAAUGGGCAAAAUUAACAAAAUAGAAUACUUCCGUGUGCCGCCGCGAUGGCUGUUCGUCAAGAUUACCGACGAGGUGGGUAACUUUGGCUGGGGCGAAGCUUCCCUCGAGGGCCACACACAAGCAGUGGAAGGCUGCCUCGAUGCGUGGAUAGAACGAUAUAUAGGCUUCGAAGCUGACGACAUCGAGCACAUCUGGCAGAUGUCAUGGCGAACCAGCUUCUACAGAGGUGGGCCUGUCUUCAUGAGCGCACUCGCAGGCCUCGACAUCGCCCUUUGGGACCUCAAAGCCCGCAAGCUUAACGUACCCAUCUACCAACUCCUCGGCGGCAAAGUACGCUCCAAGCUGAAGGUCUAUGCUUGGAUCGGCGGCGAUAGGCCCUCAGAUGUCGAAACUCAAGCCCUCGCCCGCAAAGCCCAAGGCUUCCUCGCUGUGAAAAUGAACGCCACCGAAGACAUUGGCUGGCUCGACUCCCCCUCUACCCUCAUCUCUAGCGUUGAGCGCCUUAAGACCGUAAAAGCACUCGGUAUGGACGCAGGCAUGGACUUCCACGGGCGUAUUCACAAACCUAUGGCCAAGCAGCUCGCCGCAGCCCUCGAACCACACCAGCCGCUCUUCAUCGAAGAGCCCUUGCUCUCCGAGCACAUCGGCGGGAUAAAGGCGCUUGCUUAUCACACCAGCAUCCCGAUUGCCCUCGGCGAACGUCUACAUUCGCGCUGGGAUGUAAGGCCUUUCCUGGAAGCAAACUGCGUUGACAUACUCCAGCCUGAUAUCUCGCACGUGGGCGGUAUAUCCGAGCUCAAGCGCAUCGCAGCAAUGUGCGAGGCCUACGACGUCGCGCUUGCACCGCACUGUCCACUAGGCCCUAUUGCGCUUGCAGCAUGCAUCCAGGUCGAUGCCAGCGUGGCCAAUUUCGCGAUACAAGAGAUGAGCCUGGGUAUCCAUUAUAAUGCCGGGAGCCAAGACUUGACGAGCUAUAUCACGAAUCCAGAGGUGUGGAAGGUGGACGAGGGGUAUGUUGAGUUGAUGGCGGGACCAGGACUGGGCAUUGAGAUUGACGAGGAGUGGGUUCGGAGAGAAAGCAAGGAUUCAAAGGCGUGGGUUUCGCCUGGGUUUAUUGGGCCGGGGGGUGAGGUGAGAGAGUGGUAGAAGAUAGAUGUGUAGAAAUGCAUCAGAAGGUGUACUGUGAC